CUGCCGUGACGUCACCCUCCCUCCCAGAAUGCCUGGCUUCCAGCGCGGUGCCCCACAGUCCGGGCCCAAACUCAGCAAACAGCGUUCAAACUUGUGCCACAAUGUCGACGUGGAGCGCACCGGGAGACCGGCCGGAUAUCUGGGAGGACGUGCAGUCGGUUUGUAAGGAUGAUGGACUGUCCUGGUGACCCGGCAGCUGGCACUGUGUGUGUUUGGAUCUUCUCAGUCCUAAAGUAAAGCGGAGGCCCGGACAAGAGCCCUUCUCUGAACGCCUGAACCAAGCCUCCUCCUGAAACUUCUCGUCACCGCAGCCCUUCUGGGGUUGCUAUGGCAGCUUUUGUAGCAAAAUUCAUGCUCUGGACAAAGGCUUUCCCCGCUAACCGCCAUCAGAUCCUCUGGUGUUCCUGCAGAACAGCCAACUUCAGAGGACUCCGGAGCUAGGAGAACAACCACAACACAGGAGACUAAUGGUCUUUCCUCCUCAUGACUCUUGUCCAGCUCUGCUCAGGCUCUCGGCCAGCGUCCCUGUGCAGCUGCAGAGCCACCAGUUUCCACGUCACUAGACCAUGUUCCACCAGGAUCACCUGAAAGGGCAACUUUAUGAGAACCUCCCCGCCAGCAGGCAGCUCUUCCAAUGCCAGGAUUGUGGAAAACAGUACAACACUCAGUUGGGCUACAGACGCCACCUGGUGGCCUCCCACAGCACCGCAGCAGGCCAGCACUGCAUGAAGGAGUCCCCGACCAUGUUGGAGAGCCUGGGUGAGCACAGCGACAGGCCUCUCUCAGCAGAGGGCAGCGCCACCGUGCCGACCAGAGAGAGGAAGUACUCGUGUGAGCGAUGCGACCGGCGGUUCUACACCCGUAAGGACGUGCGGCGCCACGCCGUGGUGCACACAGGACGCCGGGACUUCCUCUGCCCGUGCUGCGCACAGCGAUUUGGCCGCAGAGACCACCUGACCCGCCACCUGAAGAAGAGCCACGCGCAGGAGUCUGGUUUGAUGCCACCGUCUACUCCCAGCACUCAUGUAGCCGCUCAGGCCACGACCAACGCCAGGCCGGUGAAGGAAGAGCCCAGCCCAGAGCCGUCUGGAGUGGGUUCUGUCUCCAAGGAUCCCACCGAGGUCUUUGCCAGGGAGAUGAGCACUUCCUACUCCUUGCCAAAUCUGAUCCCUGCGAUGGGGCCUCCCCACGGACUCGUGCAGGGGUCUUUGUCUUCGAGCGUUGGCGUGGGUCAUCCGCUGACCACGCACUCUUCCCACCCGCACCGCCACGGCCUUCAGCCUCCAGCCGCAGCCCAGCAGCAGCCCUACGGCAACGCGUCGCAGUACCAGUACGGCUCUACCUCAUACCCUCGCUCUGACAUGGACGGUUUCCUGCUGGACUUUCCCAACAUCCCCUCGUCUCAACUGACCGCGAUGAAUUCCUCCGUCUCGGCCUCCCCCCAGAAGGAGGCUAUGGGCGACGGGGUGGAUGUUGGCGGUGAAACCCAUCCGCUGCCCAGGAGCCCCGCUGUCUCUUCCAACGAGUUGCCGUGCAACACUAACAUGGACCUCGGGUCGUUGCUCAGCUUCUUGCCUUUCAGCCUACCGCCUUACAACCCUCACAUGGGGCUAGUGAUGAGUUACCCACCUGCCCCCUCCCCCACGUCUUCUCCGUCAUCUUCAUCGGGGCUCUCCUCCCAGGCUCCGGGGCCGUUCCCUUUCUUCCAGUCCCCCCAGACUCACGCACCACAGGGCUCAGGGGUUUUUAACCACGGCCAGCUACCUCAGUCGUAUAGUCCUGCUGUAAGCAAUUCCAGCUCCCUACCUCACUAUUACCAGGCUUUUCAGCAGUAAACACCUCUGCUCCUCAAGUAUUGGCAUCAUAAGCACUUGUUGUACAUAAUGAGAAGAAUAGUAUAUUAUUUGAAAGCAAGCAUCGAAGCAACACGUCACCUCAUUAGUAUUACCUCAUAACUGAAAUGGUGUGAAUGUUUUAGGAACUCCCACCAGUCCGAAGAGUUUGCCGCACUUACAUCUCAGCUCUUCAAACCCUUCCCUCUCGGAAAGCGUCGCAACCGUUUCAACGCACACGUCUCCUAAAAAGGGUCACUUUUUCUACUGAUAUGUUUUUUUGUUUCUUUCAACAUUUAAGUGCUUGUGGUCUGACAGGAAGACCCACCUCUUCCCAUUGACUGGAAUAGGCCCUGGCCCCCUUAUGGUCCUGAACGGGAUGAGGUGGGUACAGAAAGCGAUGGGGGUGCGCGGCCUCGCAGCGUUUCAGCGGUCCAGAUAACAUGUGAUCGAUGCAUAAAAACCCCAAAUGACAGAACAAACGAUUGACCUGGAUCUAAAGCUGUGAACAUAACUGGAAUUC